AUGGACUCCCCACCACCGACACCUUCAAACAGAACCCAACCAAAGCGAGAGAACACCUAUAUGUAUAUUGAUCCGGCAUCACGAGGUCCAACUGUUCGUUCAAGUUUCCAACCAAUCGUGGACAGCUAUGGCUGGCGAACUGGCCGACUGAGAGACUGGCAGGAGACCAUAUCUAUCGAUCCAUCCACGUCACAAAAAUCUUUUGCCACUUCGCUUGCAUCCCAGGGAACAUUGAACUUAUUCGGUUCACCACCAGCAUCCAACGGUUUCAUGAAAUGGGACUCGAAGACGGCAUGUCCGUGUCCUACAGCCGAAAAGGAAUCUGAGAGGAAAGGGAAUGAGAAGCGAUGUCCUGCUGUCCCUCAGUCACCGCCUCCUCCCAUUCACGAUAUUCAUCUAGAGACACUUCCAAGAAAGCUGGCCAAAUCGGAGCCGCCGUUGAAGAUCAGUUCCGGUUCGGACCUCAAAGUGACUCCCUCUCCACCAGCGCCUCGAGUGUCACCCUCUCGAUCAGAGCCUCCAGGACUAUCCACCGAUCGUCCGUCAUCGUCGGUUCGUAGCAAAAGCGAGUCCAACGAUGAUCUUUCAGAUAGCGACGAAGAUAGUGGCGUUCGUCGUCACCGUACGACGGUUAUUAGACGGUUUCGUUCUGAAGACUCCGUGCAAGCGCUUUCUACCGGAUCCAUCUCAUUCACACCAAUUGACAUCGCUCGACAACGAUCUUUGAGCUCGGUGGCAAUAUACGACGACAAGAACAAGACCUCCAGACCGACUCAAACACUUUCUCAUCUGAAACGGCCAGCACCAAUCGAGACACCGACAAGGUUCUAA